AUGGCUACUGAACGCGAAACCAAUGUCUACAUGGCUAAGCUUGCCGAGCAAGCUGAACGUUACGAUGAAAUGGUUCAAUUCACCAAGGAAGUUGCCAAGAUGGGUAUUGAAUUGACUGUCGAGGAACGUAACCUUUUGUCUGUUGCUUAUAAGAAUGUGAUUGGUGCUCGUCGUGCUUCUUGGAGAAUCGUUUCUUCUAUUGAACAAAAAGAAGAGAGUAAGGGUAACGCCAGCCAAGUCGAGAAGAUCAAGGCCUACCGUCAAAAGAUUGAAAACGAACUUCAAGGUGUCUGUCAAGAUAUUUUGAACGUUUUGACCGAUGAUUUGAUCCCCAAUGCUCAAGGUGGCGAAUCCAAGGUUUUCUACUACAAGAUGAAGGGUGAUUACCACCGUUAUCUUGCCGAGUUCCUUACUGGUGAUGCUCGCAAGAGUGCUGCCACUGAAGCUCAUGAUGCCUACAAGAACGCUACUGAUGUCGCUCAAACCGAAUUAGCCCCUACUCACCCUAUUCGUCUCGGUCUUGCCCUUAACUUCUCUGUCUUUUACUACGAGAUCCUCAACUCCCCUGAUCGUGCCUGUCAUCUCGCCAAGCAAGCUUUUGAUGAUGCUAUUGCUGAACUUGAUACCCUCUCUGAAGAAUCCUACAAGGACUCUACUCUUAUCAUGCAAUUGUUAAGAGACAACUUGACUUUGUGGACCUCUGACUUGCAGGAUGAAUCUGAUAAGGCCGAGAACAAGCCUGAGGAUGCUGAGGAAUCAAAGUAG